AUGACAACGGACACACUUCCUACCGAAUCUUACGUUUUCCAAGGUACUAUCAACAAGAAACCCCCUCAUAUAGUCAGCGGUAAAGGUAUGCGCAUGACAGUCGAGAAAGAUGGCAAGAUCUAUGACGAUAUCCUGGACGCUGUGACCGGUGCUGCUGUCGGAGCACUAGGAUGGGGUGACGAAGAAGUUCUGCCAAUUAUUGAGAAGGCGGCCAAAAACCACACCUACACUUUCCCUUCCAUCAUCGGAAACAAACCUUCGGAAGACUUGGCCAAAUUCUACAUCGAUAACUCUCCCCCAGGUGUUUUUGCCGCUGCUCUGUGGUGCUGCUCCGGGUCAGAAAGCAACGAGAACGCCAUGAAAAUCAUUAGACAAUACCAAAUGGAACGUGGUUGCCCUGAAAAGACGAAAAUCAUUUCAAGAGACACUUCUUACCACGGAUUCACUUUAGGUGCGUUGUCGAUCUCUCACUGUGGCCGUGCGGAUUUGUUCAAGGAGAUCUCUAUCGAUCAAACCAACACAUGUUUGAAAAUGCCAGUGUGCUACCCUUACCGUUACCAACAAAAGGGCGAAACUGAAGAAGAGUAUUCUCAACGUCUGUUGGACUCCUUGGAGAAGAUCAUCUUGGACAACGACCCCAAGACUGUGUCUUGCGUUCUGGUCGAAACCUUGCCAGGAUCCUCUUUGGGUACGGCUCCUUCUCCCAAGGGUUACCUGUCCGGAAUCCGUGCAUUGUGCAACAAGUACGAUGUGAUCUUCAUGCUAGACGAGGUUAUGUGCGGUACCGGAAGAUGCAACCCUAACGGAAAGCUGAACUGUUGGGAAAGCUUCAUUGGUCCCGAAGAUGCUCCUGACAUCCAAACCGUCGGUAAGACCCUAGGUUCUGGCUAUGUUACCAUUGCCGGUGUGUUGGUGGGCCCAAAGAUCAGAGACGCCUACAUCAACGGUUCCAAUGCCGUAUUUGGCUCUCACACAUACGCCUCCCACGGGUUCAACUGUGAGGUGGCUCUUGGCGUUCAAAAGAAGAUAUUGCGCGAGGGUCUAACCGCUAACAUUUUCAAGAUGGGUAACCUAAUGGGUUCCAAAUUGCAAGCGGCCCUGCUCAAGGAGGACAACAUUGUUGGCGAUGUGAGAGGUAUUGGAGGUUUCUGGUCUCUAGAAUUCGUGAAGAACAAAACCACCAAGGAAACUUUCCCUGUGGAGCUUGACAUCGGCCACCGUUUCCAGCACGUUUGCUUCGAAAACAAACUAAGCGUUAUGGGUAUGCAAGGUAAUGCCGAUGGCGUUGCUGGUGACAUUACAUUGCUAGCGCCAGCGUUUAUCAUCACCGAGGAAGAUGUCGAUGCCAUUGUUGAGAGAAUUGUCAAGUCUGUGGAACAGCUUUCCAAGGAACUGAAAGCUGAGGGCCAUUGGUAG